AUGCAAGUUCUUGCUGGCACUGAUAAACUUAUUAAUCACAAGAACUUUCUUUCUGAAGAGAAGAAGGUUUAUGAGAUCACUGUAUCUCUGUGUAGCCAAGGGCCAGCUCCCUCCAGGGCCUGCUCCCUGGCUCUUUUGGGGGAACCUCCUGCAGAAAGAUGUUCUACCUCUGCACAAAAGCUUCCCAAAGGGCUUGUCAACAAGGAUGAUGCAAAAUGGAAAGAUCUGCAUCGCUUCACACUGUCCACUCUGCAGAACUUUGGAAUGGGGAAGAAACCAAUGGCUGAACGAAUACAGGAGGAGGCUCAUUGCCUGGUGGAGGCAAUGGCAACUGCACAAGGGCAGGCCUUUGAUGCAAUGCCAGACAUCACAGCUGCUGUUUCCAAUGUGGUCUGUUCUGUUGUCUUCGGGGAUCGAUUCAGCUAUGAAGAUCCGGACUUCAUUGAGAUCCUGCGUAUCACUAAGGACUUUGUGGGCUUCUUUAUGUGUGUGUCUGGAGUGGUGUACAGUGCCAUUCCAAGGAUCAUGAACCACUUACCCGGACCUCACAACAAGCUCUUUGCUGAUAGUGCCAAGAUCUGUGCUUUCAUUCGAGAGAAGGUGGAAUCCCACAAAUUGGCCCUAGACCCACAAAAUCCUGGGGAUUUUAUUGACUGUUUCCUUCUUAAGUUGCAAAAGGAAAAAAACUCUACUACAAAGAUCUGCACUGAAGACCUAGUCAUGACUGUGGUCCAUCUCUUUCUGGCUGGGACAGAGACCACAAGCAGUAACCUCAUAUAUGGCCUCGUCCUGUUGGCCAAGUUCCCACACAUCCAAGCAAAAGCCCAGCAGGAGAUUGAUGAGGUUGUCGGAACAAAUCGUGCUCCUGGCAUGGGGGACAGGGUGAGGAUGCCCUACACCAAUGCAGUUGUCCAUGAGAUUCAGCGUUCUCAGCGAGGGAGUGGUGAGACCUUCCCACAUGAGACAACACAGGAUGUAAAUUUCAGGAGUUACAAGAUCCCUAAGGGCACAAUCGUCCUUCCGCUAUUUGUUUCUGUGCAUUACGAUCCAGUGUAUUGGGAGACUCCUGACAAAUUUGACCCAGGUCAUUUCUUGGAUGAGAAGGGCGAAUUCAGGAAGAGAGAAGCCUUCCUACCAUUCUCUGCAGGGAAGAGGGCUUGCCCAGGAGAAGCACUGGCACAGAUGGAGCUCUUUCUGUUUUUCAGUACUCUGCUUCAGAAAUAUAGCUUCCAACUGGUUGUAAACUCUGAGAAGAUGGAUAUUGCUUCCAUAUUUAUGGCUUGCAGGGAAGAAGGGCCACAUCGCCAAUUAAGAGCCAUUAGGUGUAAAAUUUAAUCGUGUAUCAGCAAGUAAAAUAUGAGGAGGAAGUCAGUGAUUUCAACAUUUCUCAGGAUACUUAAAGUGGGAAUUCUGAAUCAUCCCCUCUCUGUCUCUGAAUGACAAGCUAAGGGGAUGAAAAGAUUCAUGUCUGCACCAUGGCUAAAAACACAGAGCAUGUGAAAAUACUGAACAAAUGUGGCAUACUGCUUUAUGGUAGUUAUUCUAAUACAGCUGUUGAUCUUGGAAUACUGGCUCACAUAUACACAGCAAAAUGCCUGUCUAAGCAACAGGCGAGCUCACUGCUUCCAAGCCCCUUUAAACCUUGCUGGUGUGGCUUGCAAAGGUGAGAAGGUUCUGUAUCUACUAAGGGGUGCAUGCUUGUACUCCCACUUCCAUAGUUCCCAAUGGGAAUAGCAGCAGGGCCUCCUUGGUAGCCAUAGGGCCUCCCCGCCUUCACUUAGCCAGGCAGUGUUACUGCACAGUACAUGAACCACUAGUGUUAGCCAGCUCCAGUUCAAUAUCCAGUAGCUCCUGCCCUACUUCUUACAGCCUACCCAAAAUAAGAAUUCCAAAUAAUAAUCUGAAUGUUUAUUGAAUUUCAGACCUUGACCCAUAUAGAAUGUUCACUGCUGUCUCUCUCAAAUGUAACCAGAGAGCAAUUUCUUGUAAACUGCUACCUUAAAGCAAAUAAAAACU